AUGGCUGGCAACCUCCUCAUAGUUCUGCUAGUUAUAUCUGAUCAACAGCUUCACACCCCAAUGUAUUUCUUCCUUGGAAACCUGUCCUUCCUGGAAUCCUGCUGUAGCUCAACUAUUCUGCCUAAGAUGUUGGCUGGACUGCUGACUGGUGAUGGAAGCAUAUCUGUCAAAGCCUGCUUCAUGCAGUUUUUCAUCUUUACUUGUCUAGGAGGUGCUGAAUGCUACCUUCUGUCCAUGAUGUCUUAUGACAGAUACUUAGCAAUUUGCAAGCCACUCCAUUAUGCUAUUCUUAUGAAUGGCACAUUGAGUUUCCAGUUAGCAGCUGUAUCUUGGAUCAGUGGAGUACUAGUCGGCACAACCUUGACUUUGAAAAUAUCAUGGUUAUCCUUCUGUGGCCCUAAUGAAAUUGAUCACUAUUUCUGUGAUAUUAGUUCUGACAUACGAUAUGUUUCCUGCAGUGACACACAUUUUUUUGAGCUAUCGGCUCUCAUAUUUGCCUGUGCAUUCACCCUGCCUCCCUUUCUUCUCACCCUAUUGUCUUAUGUUUUCAUCAUUGUUUCUGUCCUCAGAAUUCCAUCCACCACUGGGAGGAGAAAAGCCUUCUCCACUUGUUCAUCUCACCUCACAGUGGUUGCCUUGUAUUAUGGAACACUGAUGCUUGUCUAUAUGGUACCAAGGUCCAAGAACCUAAGAGAUGUAAAGAAAGUCUUCUCCCUUUUCUACACAGUGUUGACUCCUCUGGUCAAUCCUUUAAUAUACAGUCUAAGAAACAUGGAAGUAAAAGAGGCCAUGAGAAGAGGUUGCAAGAGGUUUAUACUAUAUAUGACUCCAUUCUGA